UAUUAACUCUCUUGUAUAGGCUAGUGAAUCUUAUAAAUGUGUAUACUUCCGUUUCCAGUUGCUUUGUCAUUUCUAAAACAAGCCAGUGUCCAUUGAAUUUUGAAUAAAAUGUUUAGCUUUGGUAACACAUUUAUGGAUUUCCCAUCAUCUGGGAGGCCAUUUAAAGAAACCUACAAAUGUUACAGUGUCAUAGUGCAAGGUGGCAGAGAGGAAGUUGAAAAAGGAGGCAAAAUCAUCAUGCCACCCUCUGCAUUGGAUCAACUCACUCGUUUAAAUAUCCAGUAUCCAAUGUUGUUCAAGUUGACUAACAAAAAGACAGGUAGAGAAACACAUUGUGGUGUUUUGGAGUUUGUUGCUGAUGAAGGCAGAGUUUACAUACCAUAUUGGAUGAUGAGAAAUUUAAACAUUGAUGAAGGAGAUGUCAUUCAAAUUGACAAUGUCUCUUUAUCAAUUGCCACAUAUGCCAAGUUUCAGCCACAGUCCACAGACUUCCUUGACAUUACGAACCCUAAAGCUGUAUUGGAGAAUGCCCUAAGAAGUUUUGCUUGUUUGACUCAAGGUGACGUCAUAGCUAUAAUAUAUAAUGAAAAGGUAUAUGACCUCUGUGUACUAGAAACAAAGCCAGGGAAGGCUGUAUCUAUAAUAGAAUGUGACAUGAGAGUGGACUUUGCCCCACCCAUUGGUUAUGUAGAACCAGAACAAGUUCCCAAAAGGACAAGUCAUUUUGAAAGUGCAGAUACAGAAACAGAUACUGCAGAUGAUAUUCAAGCAUUUAGACCUUUUGGUGGACAUGGCAACAGAUUGGAUGGAAAGAAAAAAGGCACAGAAACAGAAUCUAGUUCACAGUCUCAGACAGUGGCACCAAGAAGGGGAAUCCCCAACUACAAUUUCAAGCGAGGAACUAUAACCUUCCUACGCAAUGUCAAGCCAGUAAGUAAUGGGAACACAGAGGAAGAAAAAGCAUUUGAAGCAUUUUCUGGACAAGGCCAAACAUUGAAAAAGAAAAACAGGAGUUAAAAAUGUUUUGGAGAAGCAUAUUGAGUUUUGUUCUCCUAAUGUGAUAUUCUGCUUUUAUCAAACAUUUGUUGGAAUAAGCUGUUAAAACUGAUUUACAUUAAGUAUUUUGCUAACAUUCAGCUUUUAAAGUGCAAAUGUCAUUUUUCUCUUCAGAAAAACUUAAAUAAAUUUUUGAAGAAGUUUA